AUGGCCGCCUGUCCCCAGCCCGACUCCUGCCUGCUCGGCAGCCCCCUCGGCCUCGUAUGUCUGUCCCUUUUGCUCAUCCCUGCUGCAGCCGGAACCUACUGCGAGUGCAGCCUUGGCCUCAGCCGCGAGGCCCUCAUCGCCCUGCUGGUGGUGCUGGCGGGCAUCAGCGCUAGCUGCUUCUGUGCCCUCGUCAUCGUGGCUGUUGGUGUCAUUCGAGCCAAGGGUGAAACGUGCCCUGAGCACAUGGACAGCAGGAUGGUGGGGCACUUCGGGGUGCAGGAAGACCAUAUGGACCUGCGCACGGUGCAUGUGGAGUCCCACCUCAUGGAACCCGACAUGGCGGUCCCCAUGAUGCGGCCCCUGGAAGAGCAUGGCCUGAUGACCAUCACCAUGGACUCGACCCUGGAGGAGCCGCCCCCCCAGCCUGAGAAAACACCAGGACAGGACCUGUGA